GGGCUGUCUUGCCACAGUUUGCCGGUGUCUGGCGCGCGGCGCUCACCGGGGCCACGGGGCGAAGAGGCCGCUGAAGCUCUGCCGUGGCGGGCGGCGUGCCCAGGAACCGCCCUGUGCGGCGGCGGCUGGGCCCGGCAGCCCGCGCUUCUGCGGCCGGCGGGACCUCUGCGGCGCCUGCUUUCGUGCUGCCUUGUCGGCUGUGCUUAGAGGCGUGUGAUCAACAGAGCAGAAGGCGGCAGUCAGCAGCCUGCCUCAGCUGCGAGGUGGCGAUGGCCUGUCUUUUAUAUGGUGAAUAUUUUCGCAGUUCGGGGAACGAAACGAUUUUUUUUUUUUUUCCUUUCCCCAGACUUCGGUCUCAAAGAGCUGCUGUUGGGUGCCUGAAGUGGUGUGCCUCCACCAAAAAGGAAAUGCCCCUGUCACAGGGAGCAGCUUGAAGGGGAAGGAAUGAACAUGCUUCCUGCCUUGAGGGGAAUAAGUCUUAAGAGGUACUUUUUUUGAAGAAGUACUAUGGAUGAUGUGAAAAAAGUUUGUAAUAGCUCUUGCAAUGAUGGAGUUCUGCUUAGAAUGGGCCUUAAUGAUAACAAAGCUGGAAUGGAAGGUUUGGAUAAAGAGAAAAUCAAUAAAAUCAUCAUGGAAGCUACCAAGGGUUCUAGAUUUUAUGAAAAUGAACUUAAAAAAGAUCAACAAGUUAAUCAACGAAUUGAAAAAAUGAUGCAGCUAAAAGAAAAAAUUACAACACAGCAGCUCUUGAAAGCGCAGCUGCAGGUGGACAAACUUGUGGUAGAACUGGAACAGAGCCGUAACCUUAGCAGUACAAUUGUACACAUUGACAUGGAUGCGUUCUAUGCAGCUGUGGAAAUGCGAGACAAUCCAGAGCUGAAGGGAAAACCUAUAGCAGUGGGAUCAAUGAGUAUGCUGUCCACCUCAAAUUACCAUGCUAGGCGAUAUGGUGUACGUGCAGCCAUGCCUGGAUUUAUCGCCAAAAAGCUAUGUCCACAUCUAACUAUAGUACCAUUGAACUUUGAAAAAUACGGCAAAGUGAGUAAAGAGGUUAGAGAAAUACUUGCUGAAUACGAUCACAAUUUUAUGCCUAUGGGCCUAGAUGAGGCCUAUCUGAACAUAACAGAGCACUUGGAGGAAAGACUGAACUGGCCUGAAGAAAAGAGAAGGUUCUUCUUUUACACAGAAAGUACUACAGAAAAAGAUAAAUAUUAUAAAAAUAUAUCUGCCAAAUUUAAUGAAAGUGGGUACUCUUCUUCACCGGUACUGUUUGAAGACAAUACACCUCUGAUGGGUGACCAUGCUAAACAAAGAGAUCCAUCAGCAGAAAAUUCAGUUGUCUUUGGAACUUCUGCAGAGGAAGUUGUAAAAGAAAUUCGCUUUAGGAUUGAGCAGAAAACUCAACUGACUGCUAGUGCAGGAAUAGCACCAAAUACAAUGUUAGCAAAAAUGUGCAGUGAUCGUAACAAACCUAAUGGGCAAUGCAGAAUUUCUCCUGAGAGACAAGCAGUGCUAGACUUCCUACAAGAUUUACCUAUUAGAAAGGUCCCAGGUAUAGGAAAAGUAACGGAGAAGAUGUUAAAAGCCCUUGGAAUUGUGACUUGUUCACAACUUUACCAGCAGAGGGCACUGCUUUCUCUUCUUUUUUCAGAAGCAUCUUGGCGUAAUUUCUUGGCUAUUUCCCUUGGUUUGGGUUCAACACAUUUGGAAAAGGAUGGAGAAAGAAAAAGUAUGAGCACUGAAAGAACAUUCAAUGAAAUAAACACAGCAGAAGACCAGUACAGCUUGUGUCGAGAACUCUGCAGAGACCUUGCUCAAGAGCUACAGAAACAUGGACUUAAGGGUAAAACUGUUACCUUGAAGCUAAAGAAUGUGAACUUUGAAGUGAAAACAAGAGCUUCAACUGUGCUGUCUUCGGUUUCUACUGAGGAGGAAAUAUUUACUGUUGCUAAAGACUUGUUGGGAACAGAAAUUGAUAGUCUUGCUCCUUACCCUUUACGGAUAAGACUUAUGGGUGUACGAGUGUCAGGAUUUCUAAGUGAAGAAGAGAAGAAGUACCAACAAAAAAGCAUUACAAGUUUCUUAAAAUCAGGAAAAGAGAUCAGUUUUCUUAGGCUUCAGACAGGGAAGCCCAACCAAGAGUAUUUCACAAAAAAUUCAGAUGGAUCUCCCAGAGGGAGUUUUUUUGAUAAAAAGCGAGCUGCAAGGCAACUAAAUAUUGAGAAUCUUCCUACAAAUGAAACUGUAAGUAAGCAGCUCUCUUAUGAUGAUAAAUCAUCAGCAAAUUUUGUGGAAGAAACAAAGAAAGCUACAGACUUCCAGAAUUCUGGUGUAUGUAAGAUCUUCACCUGCCCUGUUUGCUUUGAGGAACAAAGCAGCAAUAAUUUGGAAGAGCUUAAUAGGCAUAUUGAUGACUGUCUCAGUGGAACUGUUGUUAAAGAUACUGUGGAAAUACUCAAGAGUGACAAUUCAAGAGAAAACACACUUAACUUUCUUUCAGAAUUUAAAAAUGAAAAUGCUGAUCAAUGUCAAAAAAAUAAAACAGAUCAAUCAGACCAAUCUGCAAGUACAUCUGACAACUCUACUUGCAACAGCACAGAAAAAUUCACUCGGAUAAUACUUGAUAAACCUCACAGAGAAAGACAGCCUAGCAAUCUCUGUGAUAUUGCUAGAAAUGUGUGUAUGAAACAGUGUCUCCUUCCCAGAACAUUUCCACAAGAUCAUGAACACCAUUUUGAAAAGACUGAACGUACAGAAGAAACCAGUUCAUCCUGUUUCUUUGAAGCCAAAAAAGACGGUAUUCUUGUUUGUCCAGUUUGUAAUUCAGAACAGAAAACCACCAGCCUUAUGUUGUUUAACAGACAUGUGGAUGUCUGCUUAAAUAAAGGCCUUAUCCAGGAGCUGACAGAAAAAAAAGAUUUUCCUACCAAUACAGAGAACUCAAACAGAGUUGGAGGUUUAAGCAGAGGACAGCAAUGUACAAAACCAUCACAAGGAACAAAAAGAUCUGGACUAACAACUUCACAGUCAGUAUCCAAAAAGGCCAAGUCAAGCAAUUCCAAGCAUACUAUUGAAAUGUUUUUUAAAUGACUGUGUAGCAACAUAUUUUAUAUGAAGUAUUUCAUAAUGGUUUAUGACUGCAAAUUAAGUCAGCACUGGUGGUAAGCUGGAUUCAGUUGCCUGUCAUUUUGGAGCUUCUGCAUGCCUAUGUAAAAAGAACAUGAUGUUUGGCAGAAACAAUGAGGUACAACUGAGGUAAUUUAUUUUCCUUUGAGAAUAAUACCUUUUUUUUCCAGUUGUUUCCAAGAAUCAAAAUUCAGUAUUGCUUUGUUUAUAUUGAAUGUGUGGAACUUUAUGUUAGAAUCAUGAGCAAGCUUAUCAAUUCUCUCUGCUGUUCAACAAACAGAACAGGGAGAUUAGAGCUGCUAUUGAGCAAACGUGUAGGGCAAGCUCCCUAGAAAGUGGGAAUCAUUAGCUAGAGGACCGUGCAGUACUUAAUGAAGGCCACCUUCAUGUUCUUGACCUGCUGUCUUCUCUGUGUUUAUGUUGCUCGUGGUAGCCAUAGUAGCUCAGGCUGACACUUCCUUGGACAAUUAAACACGAAGUUUAAUUGUGGUGUGAUAACAAAGGAGAGGUGAGUUGCUUGAUGUCAGCUUACAAACAUCUGUCCUCUCUGGACACAAAAAUUGAUUGUUCUUACAGUUUCAAAAGAAAAGAGCAAGAGUUUAUAGAGCACAGUCAAGCUUUCAUUGUUAUGACUGAAAAUUACUUCAGGAAGAGUUGAUGGACCAAGAUCACUAAUUAAAAAAAUUUUAAUAAACCUGUUGAUGGAGAGAUAACUCCACUUCAGUCAGAUAAAUGCUGUUUGAUCCUUGACCUUUCCAAAAAAACUGACAACUUCAAUUUUCUUUGCAAUUGGAAAAUUGUUUCUGGUCAAUAGCAAUAAAAUUAGGCUAAAUAGAAGGUUUUCUUGUGCAAUAGUAAUAUGAAUAAUGUAUUGUUUAUUUAUCUUUGGCUUUAAAAUAGUUUCUUAUUUCUGA